AUGGAGGAUGUAAGGGAUGGAGAUUUGAGGGUACCUUUAAUCUCCUCUCUCUUCUUCGUUUUGGUAAUCAUCGGUGGUAUUUUCCUCACUUUCUACGUUUUUCUACCCAGCAUCGCCCAACCAUGGUUUCCUGUAGUUGCAUUUCUUCUGAUAGGCUCUCCUUGGGCCUUUUGGAUGUUGACCUAUUUGUAUACGUGCUUCAAGGGUACUUGUUGUCCUAGAGAAACUUCCUACCCCUACGACGUCCAUCAGAAUUAUUCAAGGCGAGGGGGUCCUGUUUAUCCAAUGCCACCUCGUCAGAAUGCUAUGAUCUCAAGCCAAGACCAAGCCACGGGUAGGCCCUUAUCCAAGGAUAAACCCCCAAAGCCACAGCCACAGCCAUCAGGUACGACCAAUGUUGUUGGUUCAAGGCAUGUCCACUUUGGAGAGGUGGUGGUGGUAGAAAGUGACGGAAGCAAGGUUAUCCAUGAAAUGGAUUCUUGGACAAAUCCAUCCAAGUUAGUCGUAAUGGCUCCACCGAAAGCUAGAUCAUCUUGA